AUGGUUAAAAGAGUAAGGGAAAUUUUUUAUAUUUUUUAUAUAUAUAUAUAUAUUUUUUUUCAAACGUUUAGUGUUGUGUGCGCCAACCUCAUCUCGUCUUCUUCUUCUUCUUCUUCUUCUUCUUCUUCUUCUUCCUUCCUCUUUCUCUUUCUCUUUCUCUCUCUAUUUCUAUUUCUAUUUCUAUCGCACCACCAACCAACCAACAAGAAAUAUAAUCCCCACUCUCAAACAUGUCAACUUACUUAUUCAUUAACUAAACUAACCCCAUACAUCAUCUUCAUGAAUACAAUUAAACAAAUAAAUCAAAUAAAUCAAAAAGAAUUGAAUUCUCAAACAUCUUAUAAAUCAUCAUGGCAUUAUGAUUAUCGUGAUACAAAUUAUUUAUAUAUUGGGAAUAUUCCUUAUAAUUUAACCACUAAAGAUUUAAUUAUUAUAUUUAGUCAAUAUGGUAUACCAACUCAUAUUAAUUUAAUUAAGGAUAAAGAAUCUAGUAAACAUCAUCGAGGAUUUGGAUUUUUAAAAUAUGCAAAUUUUAAAAGUUGUAUAUUAGCUAUUGAUAAUUUUAAUGGGAUUAAAUUGGGUGAUCGAUAUUUAAAAGUUGAUCAUAAUUAUUAUAAAUUACGAGGUGAUGAAAAUGAAGAUGAUUAUUUGAUUGAUUAUGAAGAGAUUAAAAGAGAGAUGGAAGAGAAAGAAAAGAAAGAAAAGAAAGAAAAGAGAGUUGAUAAUGAUGGGAGAUUGAUUGAAGGAAAUAAAGAAAUUAAGGAAAUUGAAGGAGGAGAAAAGAAAGAAGAAGAAGAAGAAGAAGAUAAUGAAGAAGAUAAUGACAAUAAUGAUGACGAUGAAUUUAAAGAUCCAAUGGCUCAAUAUUUGACAAAGACAAAUGACAAGGAAAGGGACGAUGAUGAUGAUGAUGAUGAGUUUAAAGAUCCAAUGGAACAAUUUAUUAAAGAUAAAAAGAAAAAAAGUGGGAAACAUAGAUCAUCUCAUAGAUCAUCACAUAGGUCAUCGCAUAGAUCGUCCCAUCAUAAAUCAAAAGAUCGUGAAAAAAGUCCUACUAGAUAA